GAAGAGUAGCCUUGUCUAGCAAGAAGAAGAUAGAGGGAUGAUGUGAUUAUACGCAAAAUACUAAAACCUAGGGUGGUAGUACAAGCAGUAGUUAUGAGCAGGCCUCUUCUCUCUCUUUCCUGUUCCGUUCUUUUUCUUUUUCCCUGCGGAAUUCCCCGUCUUCCCUAGUGCCUCGCUUCGAUAUUUCGAUUGGAUUGGAUUACCAAGGGACAGAGGGAGGGAAUCCCACACACACCUCUGGCCCUCGCGAGGCCAAGGGAAGGGAAGCACUCAGCACUCAGCAGCAGAAGGACCGCCGUAAAUGGCGCUGCCGGUGGCGAAGCUGGGGACCCUAGCGCUGCGGACGCUGUCCAAGCCCAUCGCCAGCCGCCUCAAGAGCCAGGCCGCCGUCCACCCCAAGUUCCGCAACUUCAUCAUCGCCAUCGCCCAGGCAAACCACCAGAUCACCACAAAGAUACAAAGGCGCAUUUAUGGGCAUGCCACAGAUGUGGCGAUCAGGCCUUUGGAUGAGCAGAAAGCUGUUCAAGCUGCUACAGAUCUCAUCGGGGAAGCCUUUAUCUUCUCGGUCGCUGUUGCUGCUCUAAUUUUUGAGGUUCAGAGAAACGCAAGGUCUGAGGCUAGGAAGGAGGAAGCUCGUAGACAGGAACUUGAGGAAUUGAAACGAAGGGAAGAGAGUAUAGCUAAAGAAUUGGAAGAUCUUAAAUUGAAGCUUAGUGAAAUUGAGCAGCUUGCUAAAGGGCGAGGCCUGACAGGAAUCUUGAACUUGAAACGGGUCCAUGGCACAGAGGUCGGCAAGGCAGCAGCACCUCUGCGUGAGUAAGCAAUCCGGCUUUGGCGCAGGAAAGUAUGAUUCCUUGUCGCCCCCAUUAUUUGGUAAGACUUGUGUUGUCGUGCUCAACCUAUUCUUUGGUGCUCAUAUUGGAUCCACAUUUGUAGUGGUUGAUCCAUGGACACCCUGAGACAGUGGUAAUAAUACAGCGUAACAAAGAAAUCAAAUUAAAGCGCAAUAUGUAUGUGCUACUUGGUGGCGGUGACCACAAAAUCAGAUGUUAAGAUGGAUUAGGGCUUGUUUGGUUGUAUACUUAAGGUGUAAAAAAUGCCACGUUUCAGAUUAAAGCUGGUUGUUUGGACUGU